AUGUCUGCUUAUACCUCAAACUCUCUCUUCCUUCUUCUCACAUUGAUUGCAAGCUUUAGAGCUUCUGCACAAUUACAAGAUCCUAUUUACGUUGGCCAUGUUUGUACUAACAGGAUAUCAAGAAACACCACUUACUUCUCCAAUCUCCAUACCCUUUUGACCUCUCUGUCUACCAACCCUGCUUUCUUCGUUAUGGGUUAUCGUAACCUCGCAAAGGGUCAAAAUCCCGACAGGGUAUUCGGUCUUUAUCUCUGCAAAGGAAAUCUCUCCACAGAAGUUUGUCGUCACUGCGUCGUGUAUGCCAGGGAAGACGCUCUCAGUCGAUGUCCAGGAGGCAAAGAGUUCUUAAUUCAGUAUGAUGAGUGCAUGCUUGGAUACGCAGACCGGGAUAUUUUCAUGGAUACUGGAACCACACCUCAAAUAAUCACUUGGAACACUCAGAAUGUUCCAACGGAUCAAUCAGACCAGUUUGAUGAUGCAGUGCGUUCUCUAAUUAAAAAAUGUGCAGAGGAAGCGGCUAAUAGCACAAGAAUGUUCGCGGUUAAGAAGUCGGUUUUCACAUCGUCUCGGACUCUUUAUGCAUAUGUUCAGUGUAUUCCUGACCUUUCAAGUCAAGAUUGUUCAAGCUGUGUGCAACAAUCCAUCAGUAGAUUGAAUUUUAGCAGCGUUGGAGGAAGAUUUAUUUUCCCGAGUUGUAACUCGAGGUACGAGGUUUAUCCUUUCUACAAUGAAACCGUAGUGACAAAUGUUCUUCCUCCGCCGGUUUCACCUGCUCUAUUGCCUCCUGGAAAAGGAGGAAAUUCCACAGUGAUAAUCAUAGCAAUUGUUGUGCCGGUCUUGGUUUCUUUCCUUCUUUUUGUUGCUGUUUGUAGCUUCUGUGUAGCAAAGAGAGUGAAGAGGACUUAUGAUAAAACAACUGCAAAUGAUGAUAGGGAUGAGAUGACAACUGCAGGCUCACUACAAUUUGAUUUUAAAGUUGUUGAAGCUGCGACAGAUAAGUUUUCUCUAUGUAACAAACUCGGUCAAGGUGGAUUCGGACAAGUUUACAAGGGUACUCUUCCUAAUGGAUUACAAGUUGCGGUAAAGAGACUAUCGAAAACAUCAGGACAAGGUGAAAAAGAGUUCAAGAACGAAGUUCUUGUCGUUGCAAAGCUUCAACAUAGAAAUCUUGUAAGGCUUCUAGGAUUUUGUUUGGAAAAAGAAGAGAAAAUUCUUGUUUAUGAGUUUGUGCCUAACAAAAGCCUUGAUUACUUCCUGUUCGACUCUAGAAAGCAGAGUCAACUGGACUGGACAAGACGAUACAAAAUCAUUGGAGGAAUCGCUAGAGGGAUUCUAUAUCUUCAUCAAGAUUCACGACUUACAAUCAUACAUCGUGACCUCAAAGCAGGUAACAUCCUCUUGGACGCUGAUAUGAACCCCAAAGUCGCAGAUUUUGGAAUGGCCAGAAUUUUUGAAAUUGAUCAAACAGAAGCCAAUACAAGAAGAGUAGUUGGAACCUAUGGUUACAUGUCUCCAGAGUAUGCAAUGUAUGGUCAAUUCUCAAUGAAAUCAGAUGUCUAUAGCUUUGGGGUCUUAGUUCUUGAGAUUAUAAGCGGCAAGAAGAACAGUAGCCUCUACCAUAUGGAUGGUAGUGUCGGCAACUUGGUUACAUAUACUUGGAGGCUAUGGAGCAAUGGGUCUCCACUAGAGCUUGUAGAUCCAUCCUUUCGAGAUAACUAUCAAAGAAAUGAAAUCAGUAGAUGCAUCCAUAUCGCUUUAUUAUGUGUUCAAGAAGAUGCUGAAGGCCGUCCAACCAUGUCAGGGAUCGUCCAGAUGCUCACUACUAGCUCAAUAGCUCUUGCAGUACCUCGACCACCUGGAUUUUUCUUCCGGAGUAGGCAUGAUCAAGCAGGUCCAUCGAUGGAUAAGUCUGCUCUAUGUUCUAUCGAUGCUGCAUCGAUUACUUGUGUAUCUCCUCGUUGA